AUGUCCUCUUCCACUUCCACAUCCAUUUCAACCUCAACUCCAACUCCAACUCCAACUCCAACUCCAAAACCAACUCCAAAGACUGUACCUGCAACAACAACCACCACAACCACCACAACAACCAUAUCUAAACCCGCAUCUAAACCUGAACCUGUCAAAGAAAAAUCUCCCACUCCUGUUAUUCCACCCACAGUCGAAGAAGAAGAAGAAGAAGAGGAAGAGGAAGAAGAUGUUGACGAAAGGAGUGAUGAUGGUUCCGUUGGUCCACCAGAUCUCGGAGAUAAUAUCGAUGCGGCCACCUUUGAGCAAAUUUUAGAAAUGGAUGAUGAUGAAGAUGAGCGAGAGUUCAGUCGUUCUAUCGUUUAUGGCUUCUUCGAGCAGGCAGAACAAACUUUUACCAAAAUGGAUGAUGCACUUAAGGAAGGUGAUCUAGCAACACUUUCUUCGCUCGGCCAUUUCUUAAAGGGAUCCUCGGCAACAUUGGGAUUGACAAAGGUCAAGGAUAGCUGUGAAAAGAUUCAACAUUAUGGACAGAAGAAAGAUGAAGCUGGCACAACCGAUGAACCCAACGAGAAGAAAUGCUUGAGCAGGAUCAAGGAUACAUUGGCAUCGGUCAAGGAGGAAUACAAGGAGGUUGAGAAGGUCUUGAAGAAGUUUUAUGCCACUUGA